CACACACAGCGGCUACGACGAGCAGCACGGCGACAUCAGGGCCACCACAGCAGCGCAGUCUUUAUUACUCUCAUAUUAUUUCUGUAUAACGGCAAUGGAAUACAGUGCUGCGGAUUAUUAGACGCGUUUGAACGGGGCCUCUGUUGUGGCGGCGCACAAAGCAAUGUGGAGGAAAUAAAAAUCCUGAUACGCUGAAAACCUGAGACUAUAGAUAAUGGGCUGUGUGCAAUGCAAGGAUAAGGAGGCAACCAAACUCACAGAUGACCGAGACACCAGCAUCUCCCAGGGAGCAGGAUACCGCUAUGGGGCCGACCCCACGCCACAGCACUACCCCAGCUUCGGGGUCACCGCCAUCCCCAAUUACAACAACUUCCACGCCCCUGUCGGACAGGGGAUGACCGUCUUCGGAGGGGUCAGCACUUCCUCUCACACUGGAACCCUUAGGACUCGCGGAGGGACAGGAGUCACCCUCUUUGUGGCACUUUACGACUACGAGGCGCGGACAGAAGACGACCUCAGCUUCAGGAAAGGAGAAAGGUUCCAGAUUAUCAACAGCACUGAGGGGGACUGGUGGGACGCUCGCUCGCUCACCACCGGUGGCAGCGGCUACAUUCCCAGUAAUUACGUGGCUCCAGUGGACUCCAUCCAGGCUGAAGACUGGUACUUUGGUAAACUGGGCCGUAAGGAUGCGGAGAGGCAGCUGCUGUCCACCGGCAACCCUCGAGGAACCUAUCUCAUCCGGGAGAGUGAAACCACUAAGGGUGCCUUCUCCCUGUCCAUACGGGACUGGGACGAUGUGAAGGGUGACCAUGUCAAGCAUUAUAAGAUCCGCAAGCUGGACAGCGGCGGCUACUACAUCACCACCAGGGCUCAGUUUGACACGCUGCAGCAGCUGGUUCAGCACUACUCAGACCGAGCUGCCGGGCUCUGCUGUCGCUUGGUGGUUCCCUGCCACAAAGGGAUGCCCCGCCUCGCCGACCUGUCCGUCAAAACCAAAGACGUGUGGGAGAUCCCGCGGGAGUCGCUGCAGCUCAUCAAGCGUCUCGGGAACGGGCAGUUUGGGGAGGUCUGGAUGGAGAGUGCGGAUGGUUUGUGCUUUAAUUUAACGGGCGUGUGUGUGAACUACAUUCCUGACACUGUGGGCUUGAGUCAUGAUGCCUGGGAGAUCAGCAGAGAAGCACUAGAGUUGGAACUAAAGCUGGGGACAGGAUGUUUUGCUGAUGUGUUUUACGGAACGUGGAACGGCACCACUAAAGUGGCGGUGAAGACUCUGAAGCCUGGCACCAUGUCCCCCGAGUCCUUCCUGGAGGAGGCUCAGAUCAUGAAGAAACUCCGCCAUGACAAGCUGGUGCAACUGUACGCUGUGGUGUCUGAGGAGCCCAUUUACAUCGUCACAGAAUACAUGGGCAAAGGAAGCCUGCUGGACUUCUUGAAGGAUGGAGAGGGACGAGGCUUGAAGCUGCCUAACCUGGUGGACAUGGCAGCGCAGGUGGCAGCGGGCAUGGCCUACAUCGAGAGGAUGAACUACAUCCACAGAGACCUGCGCUCCGCCAACAUCCUGGUGGGAGACAACCUGGUGUGCAAAAUCGCUGACUUUGGCCUGGCCAGGCUCAUCGAAGACAACGAAUACACGGCUCGGCAAGGUGCAAAGUUUCCCAUCAAGUGGACCGCCCCGGAGGCUGCGCUGUACGGGAAAUUCACCAUCAAGUCGGACGUGUGGUCGUUUGGCAUCUUACUGACGGAGCUGGUGACAAAGGGCCGGGUGCCAUACCCAGGCAUGAACAACCGUGAGGUGCUGGAGCAGGUGGAGCGAGGCUACAGGAUGCCGUGCCCCCAGGACUGCCCCAUCUCGCUGCACGAGCUGAUGCUGCAGUGCUGGAAGAAGGACGCCGAGGAGCGGCCCACCUUCGAGUACCUGCAAGCCUUCCUGGAGGACUACUUCACAGCCACCGAGCCUCAGUACCAGCCCGGGGACAACCUCUAAGCCCCUCUGUGGCUCGGGGUCGGCCCGUGGCCGGGGCCUGUUCCAAAACUCUGAAGCCUCCCCAGCCAGGACUUUAUUUUAGGGAUCUGUACAGCUUCCUCAGCUCAACCCGAGCGUUUCAGUUCCACCACCAACCCCUGAAACACAACCCUCAGUCUCUGACACGCCCCCUAGUGUCUGAACUCUGCAAAUGCGAUAAUUAGGGAAGUUGAGGUGGGAUGGAGGAUGGACGGAGUAAACUGGGGUUGUGAUAAUGCAAUGAAAUACCUGUAUUCAAUGUAAAUAAGAAAGGCUUGUUUUAGUUUAUUUGUUUGCUUCUGUUUCAGAUUUUAUUUUCUCCUGCACAGAAUAAUAAUAAUGAUAAAAAUGCUAAAAGCAAAGGAAGAGAAGCAUCUCAGCACAGUUAAUCUGUCCGUGUAUUAUACUGUAGCUCCUCUAUUCUUUUCUAGAGAUUGAAUUGGAAGCCUCGAUAUAUUUUUUUCUCAUUUCCCGUAACGUGUAUAAAGAUUGAUCCCAGAUUAUUGCUUUAUUCUUGACUUUUCAGUUCGUAGUAUUGCCGAGGCUUGUGAAGACGAUCAUGACGCAGUCCUCCAUCAGCCUUUUUUUUCUUGCGCCCCCCCAAAGCUUUCUCAGAGCUAGUUGUUAGGCUGCUGCUGUACGGAAAUGGUUCUUUUACAAAUGAUAUACGUCACAUUUUUGUAGAUUACAGCCCAGCGUGGAAGGAUUUUCAACAUAUCCCUCCACGCUUAGAAUUUUGAGAAAAUUUGGGUGGAAAUAUUUCUGUCUUUCUACCGCGCGUGUUUUGGUUUAGCUGGAAGAAAGAAAGGUCGAGUUAAUUUAAGAGGAGAGAAUGUAUGUCUUAUUUGGGCGGCCAUGCCCGGGCCGCUCCUCGUCAGCACGCUUGUUUCCAGGAAGUCUGCGUGUGGACAGCGGCGUUUUCCUCGUCUCCUGCACGUCCUCCACCUGAGCCUGCAGAGCGCCGACCUGCAGCUGAACCGACCACCUCACCUCCUGAGUUUGUUCUUCUUUUAGGUUUUACUGACAAGGUUAUAUUCUCUCAGUAUUUGAGUUUUUACAGAGUAUGUUUUUAUUUAACCCUAUUAGUGACCCUAGUCAGUUGUACUGUAUGUUCAGCGGAGGUCUGGGGCCAAAUCAUGUUGCAGCUCAGAACAGGAAGCCACCGAGCUGAGUAUGAACUGAACCCAGCCCUGAUCUGGUCUUAAUGCAGAUGGUCUCGUGGCCAAUGGAAACCCCUCACUUUUCAGUUGUACAGCUAAAUGAUUUUAAGUGUCGCUAACUUCCCUCCUUUAUAUCUCAUCAUUUCCAUUUUUUAACAUAACUUGUUUUGUUAUUCCGGUGAUUUGGCGUUUCAGAAAAGAACAAUAAACAUUUUACACUCUU